AUGAAGCUGAAAGUGUAUGCAGAUCGGAUGUCACAGCCGUCUCGUGCUAUCAUCAUAUUCUGCAAGGUUAAUGGAAUCCAAUUCGACGAGAUUUUGAUUAACUUGGCGAAGCGUCAGCAACUAUCCCCUGAAUUCAAAGAUAUUAACCCAUUGGGGAAAGUUCCAGCCGUUGUUGACGGCAGACUUAAGCUCUUCGAGAGUCACGCCAUCUUGAUUUAUCUUGCCUCGGCAUUUCCGAGUGUAGCUGAUCAUUGGUACCCGAAUGAUCUUUCCAAGAGAGCCAAGAUUCACUCAGUCUUGGAUUGGCACCACACCAAUCUACGCCCUGGCGCAGCUGGAUUUGUUGUGAAUAGUGUUCUAGCUCCAUUUCUCGGCCGUGCUCUGAACCUGCAAGCGGCUGCUGAAGCUGAGAGGUUGUUAACAAAGUCUCUGGCCUCUCUAGAGACUUUUUGGCUCAAGGGUGAUGCCAAGUUCUUGCUCGGAAGCAACCAGCCAUCCAUAGCUGAUCUGAGCCUUGUCUGCGAACUUAUGCAGCUUCAGGUUUUGGAUGAGAAAGAUCGUCUCAGGUUGCUCAGUCCUCAUAAGAAAGUGGAAGAAUGGAUUGAGAAUACGAGAAAGGCGACGAUGCCUCACUUUGAUGUGGUUCAUGAAACCCUUUUCGGAGCCAAAGAUAAAUUCCAGAAGCAGAGGGAGAUGGGAACCAUAUCUAAACCGGGUCUUCAAUCUAAGAUGUAA